AUAUCGUGACCUUCUCAACUACAUCUCUUAUCGAAAAUUCGAAAGCCUUGAUUCAGCCAAUCCAAAAAUAUAUAAAUCCUCGUAUUACAAUUUAAGAAAUUCAUCAGAUAAGAUGUCUCUUAUUCCAAGCUUUUUUGGCAACAGACGAAGCAACGUUUUCGAUCCAUUUUCUCUGGAUAUUUGGGAUCCCUUUGAGGGAUUCCCUUUCUCAAGCUCGGUAGCCAAUUUCCCGAGCUCUGCUCGGGAAACCUCUGCGUUUGCUAAUGCUCGCAUAGACUGGAAAGAGACUCCAGAAGCCCACGUUUUUAAGGCUGAUCUUCCAGGACUCAAGAAGGAAGAGGUUAAGGUGGAGGUUGAAGAAGGAGGAGUGCUUCAGAUUAGUGGAGAGAGGAGCAAAGAGCAAGAGGAAAAAAACGACAAGUGGCAUCGUGUGGAGAGAAGCGGUGGCAAGUUCCUUCGCCGGUUUAGGCUGCCGGAAAAUGCCAAGACGGAUCAGGUGAAGGCUAGCAUGGAGAAUGGUGUGCUUACUGUGUCCGUGCCGAAGGAGGAAGUGAAGAAGCCUGAGGUUAAAUCCAUUGAGAUCUCUGGUUGAUUAUCCUUUUGCGUUUUGAGCCUGCUGUUGAGUUUAUGCUGUCUGUCAGUCUGUAAUUUGAUAAUGCCGAAGAACAGUGUUGAGUGUUUCAUGUUUGGAAAUAAAUGUGGAAGUAAUUUUGUGUUGUUCUUGUCAAGUGUUUUUAGCUAUACGUUUGAAAAUAUUAUGGUGAGUUUGAGGUUGAAAAUAUUGUGAAGUUCUUAAUAAGUGUAGAAGUAAGUUUCUGUUUUUCUUGUCCA